GAGGAAGGGAAGGGAAGGAAGGAAGGAUUUAGCGAGAGGCACAGGGAGCAUGGAGGAGAGACAAUGUGUCGAGGAAUGAUCGAUACUCAGAACCAGUGAUCUAAAUAUGCUUUGAGAGCAGAUAAUGGCGUUCCGAGAUCACGACAGUUUGUUUUGCACUCUGUGCGGCACAGGACUGUCUUUUGGGUCGGCCAGUUAUGCGACCUGUCCACUCUGCAAUUCCCACCGCUCUGUUUCAGAUUUCGAAGGCAAAGAGAUUUGGUGUUCUAGCACUGCCGAGGACUUGAUCAGGCGGCUGGGAAUCGAGCCUUUAAUCCUGCCAGAUAGUGAUGCCCAAGGUGGUCUUGAGAAUGAGGAAAUUCAGCAGAGGGCCGUUGUGAACGAUGAAUGCCCGAAGUGCCGCAAUCCUCAGCUGGAGUAUUAUACCAGACAGUUACGGUCGGCCGAUGAAGGGCAAACAGUGUUCUACGAAUGUGCCAAAUGCCAGUACAAAUUUUCGCAGAACAUGUAACUGAUUUUCAAGCGAGGACGCAUUGCGAUAUACAGAAUGAUUGUUGAAAAGUUAGACUGGCUGCGUCAUGCUGGACUUCAAAUAUUUUCCUUGGACAUACAACCGGAUGGAUCGCGAUUUGCCACCGCUGGAGGGGAUCAUAAGGUGCGGAUAUGGAGCAUGACGGCUCUGCAGAGUAGCGAUCAAGGACCUUCGCAGCCCAGAUUACUUGCGACUUUGCGCGACCAUUUUGGAUCAGUGAACUGCGUACGAUGGGCCAAGGGUGGUCACUUCAUCGCAUCUGGGUCAGACGAUAAUCUGAUUCUCGUACACAAACGACAUCCUGGUUCCGGCACGACAGAGUUUGGAAGCGGAGAGCCUCCAGAUGCCGAGAAUUGGAAAACACUCUUGACUCUUCGUGGACAUUCAGCGGACGUGGUUGAUUUGGGAUGGUCUCCGGAUGACUCUAUGAUAGCAAGCUGCAGCUUGGACAACAGUGUGCGAAUCUGGUCGGCCUUAAAUGGGAACCUGAUUUCUGUUCUCAUGGGUCACACGAGUCUCGUGAAAGGUGUAGCUUGGGAUCCUGUUGGCUCCUUCCUCGCCACCCAGUCCGACGACAAGACCGUGAUCAUAUGGCACACGGGCAAUUGGAGCAUGAUUCACAGGGCUGAAGGGCCCUGGGAGAAGACGGUGGGUUUCACCUUCUCCAGGCGAUUGGCAUGGUCACCUUGCGGACACUUCAUCACCACCACUCACGGAUUCCAGGAGCCCAGCCACACAGCACCUGUGUUAGAAAGAGGAGAAUGGUGCACUUCGUUCGACUUCGUCGGGCACAACGCUCCGGUGGUCGCAGUGCGCUACAAUCAUUCCAUGUUUCGGAAAGCGCCGGAGUCCAAGAAGAAUGGUGGCACCCACGACGCCGCCGGUGCAGAUUCUGCCCCGUACAACGUCAUAGCUAUGGGCAGUCAGGACUGCAACAUCACCGUGUGGACCACGGCCAGUCCACGCCCCGUUUUUGUAGGAAAACAUUUUUUCACGCAGAGCGUUGUCGAUCUCUCGUGGAGCACUGACGGCUACACAUUGCUGUGCUGCUCGCUCGAUGGCACCGUUGCGUCAUUUAGUUUCGAGGCCAAAGAGCUUGGCCUGAAAGUCACUGAUGCCGAGAUGCAAGAGUUUAAGAAGACCCGCUACGGUGAUCAGAACGUCCGCGGAUUGACUCUCGUAGAAAGUGCAUCGCAACUCAUUUUAGAAGCUGCUGCUGCCAAGCAGCUCGCUACGUCGGUUGGGACGGUGGAGGUGCAGAGCUCCGCAGCUGAGAAGGCUCCUGAGGUUGCACCGCAGGAAUCCGCUGCAACGAACAGGAAAACUCGAGUGUUGCAGCAAACAGAGUAUCGCGGUGCUGACGGGCGCCGAAGAAUCAUCCCUAAGCCCCUGGAGCAGGACUGUAAAGAGAAUGAAGCUCCCGAUGGGGCGAAAGGCAUUGGAUAUGAAGUGUUCAACCCUCCUCAGUCCUCGAAAAACGUCCCGAACGCUGGUCCAAGAUCUGAAGGCAGGGAGAGACUCUUUACUUUCGAAGGCGAUGGAACUGGCAGGCAAGGCACUGACACUAGGCCCAAGACGGCUGAUGUUUCCAUGACUGAUCGGUUGGUUGCAGGACCGGGUGGGGAACCUCCGAAACAAGCGAGCCGCACACCCACGUCCAAAUUGUUAAUACAACCGGCUAGCAGUCCAGGUGUUCUUACCUUCGAGAUCCAUCCUUCAUUAGAAGCACCGAUUUGUUUGGAGGCCCGUCCUGCUGGAACCCAGCAGAAAGGAGGAACAGCAGAAGCAAAUGGAGUAGUGGACAGCAGUUUGGAGACGGAUAUUGUCUGCUCACAGGGAGGGAAAAUACUGUGGUGGGAUCGAGUCAAGAGGAAGGCCACCAUCUUGACAGGGAAUUCGAAUUUUUGGGCUGUUGCUGGUGAUGACAACAGCGUGCAGAUAUACACGGUUGCCGGCAGACAAGCCUUGCCACUCUUGAUUUUGAGCUCACCGGCAGCGUUCAUGGAUUGCGACAAGAACUGGAGCUUACUUCUGCUUACUGGGUGUGGAUCUCUGCACAUGUGGGAUAUACGCAACUCCACUAGCAUCCUCCUAGAAUCGGUCUAUGCUCUGUUGUCGUGUUACCCGAGUUCACCCUCAGAGGCUGGUCAAGUGAGAGUGGUAUCAGCGAGAAUCUCCGAAGUUGGUGCACCCUUGGUUGUGCUGGAAAAUCACCAUGCUUUUUUGUUUCACAUGGACCUGAAGUGUUGGCUAAGGAUAGCUGACAGCUUCCCGUCAUCAACCUUCUGUGAAUUCAGUCCCAUCUUAACAUCCAUGAGAGCAAAAGCUGGUCCAACUCAAAAGAAAGCUGGAUCACUUUGCGUGGAUGGCACGUCCUUCAACUUGCUGAAAGCUUCUGCUCACGAAUCAGGCAGUUACAAUAAUCGGUCACAGUUGGAGGCUCAAAUGGGAGCAGCUUUAGCCCUCCGUUCUGCUGAGGAAUAUCGUCGCUGUCUUUUGGCCUAUGCUCGAUGCUUGGCAAGAGAUGCAGACAAGUCGAGAUUGAGAGAGCUCUGUGAAGAGUUGCUAGGACCCCGGCAGUCACCCGGUAUUGACGAGAGUAGAGAUCCUGCAGUUUCAUCUCAGUGGGACCCUUCUAUUCUUGGAAUGAAGAAACGGGAUCUGCUUAAACAGGACGUGUUACCUGCUAUGGCAUCCAAUCGAGCCAUCCAGAGACUUCUUAGUGAAUUUGUAGAUCUACUCACAGAAAUUGAAUCCAGAGUACAGCAGGGUCAACCCGAAGGUUCAUCUCCCUGACUCAUCAAAAUAGCCAUCAUCAGGAUUAGGUCUUUGACGGAACAAGAAGCUAUAUCGAGAUUUUUGAGGGUUAUCGGACUCAGUAUGCGGGUUCUUUUGGGAUCAUUUGUAAGCCCAACCCCUGUCCCUGUAGAUAGCAGCCCUCUCGGUAUGUCAAGCUAUUUUUUGUUUUCUCGAUCUAAAGGAAAUUGUGCUCCUUAGCUUUAUCCCA